CGCGCCCGCCCGGAGCGCAGGGUGUCCGCCCCGCCGCGCGCCGCGCGCGGAGGCUCCAGCGUCUGCCCCGCUCCUCGCCCCGGCCGCGCGGGUCCCGGAGGGCGCGAGCCCACCAUGCAGCUGCAGUUCCGGAGCUGGAUGCUGGCUGCGCUCACGCUGCUCGUGGUCUUCCUCAUCUUCGCAGACAUCUCGGAGAUCGAAGAAGAGAUCGGGAAUUCUGGAGGCAGAGGUACAAUCAGAUCAGCUGUGAACGGCUUACAUAGCAAAUCUAAUAGAGCUGAAGUUGUAAUAAAUGGCUCCUCAUCACCAGCUGUUGUUGACAGAAGUAAUGAAAGCAUUAAACACAAUAUCCAGUCAGCCUCGACCAAAUGGAGGCACAACCAGACGCUCUCUCUGAGGAUCAGGAAGCAAAUCUUAAAGUUCUUGGAUGCUGAGAAGGACAUUUCUGUCCUCAAGGGGACUCUGAAGCCCGGAGACAUUAUUCACUACAUCUUUGACCGAGACAGCACGAUGAACGUGUCCCAGAACCUCUACGAGCUCCUCCCCAGAACCUCUCCACUGAAGAACAAGCACUUCCGGACCUGUGCCAUCGUGGGCAACUCUGGGGUCCUGCUGAACAGCGGCUGUGGGCAGGAGAUCGACACGCAUAGCUUUGUCAUAAGGUGCAACCUGGCCCCAGUGCAGGAGUACGCCCGGGAUGUGGGGCUCAAGACAGACCUGGUGACCAUGAACCCCUCCGUCAUCCAGCGGGCCUUCGAGGACUUGGUCAACGCCACCUGGCGGGAGAAGCUGCUACAGCGGCUGCACAGCCUCAACGGCAGCAUCCUGUGGAUCCCCGCCUUCAUGGCCCGGGGCGGCAAGGAGCGCGUUGAGUGGGUCAACGAGCUCAUCCUGAAGCACCGCGUCAACGUGCGCACUGCAUACCCCUCUCUGCGCCUGCUGCACGCCGUCCGCGGAUACUGGCUGACCAACAAAGUCCACAUCAAAAGACCCACCACCGGUCUCUUGAUGUACACCCUAGCCACACGUUUCUGCAACCAGAUCUACCUCUACGGCUUCUGGCCCUUUCCACUAGAUCAGAGCCAGAACCCUGUCAAGUACCACUAUUACGACAGCCUCAAGUACGGCUACACCUCCCAGGCCAGCCCCCACACCAUGCCCUUGGAGUUCAAGGCCCUCAAGAGCCUGCAUGACCAGGGGGCUUUGAAACUGACUGUUGGCCAGUGCGAUGGGGCCACGUAAGGAGGGCACCCCGUGGGACUCAGUGGCUCACAUUUCCUGCCAGCAACACCACAGGCAGAUGGGAGUCAGGGUGGCACAAACUAUAGAACAAGCAGGCUAGUGGUUUUCUUUGUUAAAGUGUUAAACAGUGACCAGAAUAUAUAUAUCUAUACCUGCAUAUAUAUAUUGACCUGAGUAUUUAUAACUGUGUGGUGUUCAUCUAGCAUUAGGCAGAUAAGCCACAAGAAGAAGGUGUGGAGAAACCCACCCGAACCGGAUUGGAACUCAGUCCAUCUUUAGGGGUGGAAGGACUCGAUGUGAAAAGAAGCCAGUCCCGUGACUUUGGAUGACAAACUGCCUCCCGGGCUGGAGGGAUCUUUGGGCUCAUGGAUGACUGGAGAGCCACCUGUUGGCAGCUGCCCCAAGCCUCUGAGAUAUGUGGAGCCUGGGGGAGCCCAGACUCUGCGGGGACAGCUUGACCCAAGUCUAACACAGUGCUGUUCAUGCAGGAGGGAGGUCGGCCCGUUCGGCCCAGCAAAGGAGCACAAGGACGCCUCGCAGAGGCCACGUCAGAGCUGAGGGUCUCGUUCCACCAACUUAAGAGUUUAACUGCCUAACGGACGAACCACGGUUGACCCGCCCGUCCCUGACGGGCCUCCGCAGCUCUGGAAAGAAGGCUAGAGGAGACACAACAGGCAGUUCAUACUCCAGCUUUGCGAGAACCACCAAGAACUGGGAUGCAGCAGACAGACGACACAAGAGAGCUGCUCCAAAUCACAUUUUUGAAAAAUCUGAGACCAGCUGCUAAGGGACGGAGCUCCAUCCCAGAGUAAGGCAGAAGUGUGGGGUGGUUCUGGGGGUUCUUUACAGCAAUUUGCCUCCAGCAAUGAGGCAGGGUCCUGGGAAUGUCACCCUCCAGGUUAGCCCCCAUCCUGCCCUGUUAGAAUGUCAUAUGAGGGACUGCACUGUCCUCUUCUGCCACCAGGGAAGCCACAGCUAAAGCUUGAAAGGGCACUGUGAAGAUAAAGGUCAUCCUUUUUAAAAUAUAUGUGAUUGCCUUUCUGGGUGCCUCACAGAACCCUAGAGUGUGAGACCUGGAAGAAUGUUAAACAUCUAGCACCAUUUCUCUGCAAAAAUCCACUCUCUGUUUGCUUUCUGCAUUGUGCACUCUGCAGGGCCUCUACACCAGACUGUGUCAAUGUCACUUUCCUGUCACUUCCGCAUCCUGGUGGUUACACUAGCCAGCACCAGGCUCCAACAUUGUUUUCAACUCCACAGGGAAAGUUUCCACUAUCUACCCGCACUACCAUCCUCUCCAUGGAGGCAAAGAUUUUAGAAUUUUGCAAAAUCCUUUUAUCCACCUAUUAAGAUUAGUAGUUAAGACUUCUUUUCUUUUUUUUUUUUUUUGGCCCAAAGCCAAAUACUAGACCUACUCUCCCCAGGGAAAUCUAUGCUUGAUGCCAAUCACCUAGGGUCUGGAAUCACGGGUCACAUAUAGAUACGCAGAAGCCAGCUUUGUAUUCCCUCGCCUGAUAAAUAACAGUACUUUAAAAUAUAUUUGGAAGAUAAGUAAAAAACCAUUAUCUUGAAGGUGAGGGGAGUUAAGUAACCAAGAUCUGCUCCUAAGCAUAUGAGACAGGACAUAAUUAAUCGGUAGCAAUUCAGAACAGGACAUUUGCUCUAAAUUAAGGGCUGAUGGGAAGCGAGUGGAGGCGAUCCUCAGAACCGUUGACCCCACACCUGGGCGCUGCAGCUCCAAGCCACCACUGGGACACUACAUGGCUGUGUGGCUCUGUUGAUGCUUGAAAUCCGAAAUCUGGGAUUUGCAUUAUAAAAUGAAUAUUUUAAAAAACAGCAGCUCUAACAGACUCUGUGGGAACUGAGUGGUUUGGACACCUCACAAGAAGUGGAAGUGAUUCAUAUACUGUUUUAUGCUUCUCCAGGGCCUUCCACCUUGCGGACCUCAAAGGCCCUGGGAGAUAUUUAAUUCCCGAAGCUCACAGUGCCCUGGGGAACAGGUGGAAUUGGCAGCAGGGCCUCGGCAGAUUAGCCUCGGCUUUGGAUUCCAGAACAGUCCUGGGGGGAGCCCCGGCGUCGGGUCCUGGUGUUCGCCACUAGCACCCCCUCCCCACGGGGAGCUAGCAGCCCGGUGCUGUUUGGGAACACGCUUUUCUUUCUGUCCCAUAUUGGUCUUGGUGGCUCAGACUGAUGCCGCAGGAGGGGAGGCAGAAGGAGCUCUAACAGCCUGCCUGCAGGUUCUCCAGGGAGAGGCUGGGGACCCGGGCCCAUUGACAUGCCUCCGUUCCCGCUCAGGGCCUGGGCUGCCAAAACGGGGGACUUGCAGGGGCCUGGAUUUCCCUCACUCCCCCUCGUCUGUCUGGACACACCACAGCUCGUCUGGGGCCCCAAGGAGGCCCAGCCUGUCCCUGAUGCACUGCCUCGUGUGCAGCGGUCACAGGCCCUCCGGGAGCAGGCCGUCAGUCCGUCGGCCUCAGCCAGGCGACCCCUCCCAGCACCUCCGGGGACCACCAGCCAGUCCCCACCGUCACGCACCCUGAAGGCCCUCGGACCUGAGAUCUCCCCGCCAAACCUCCGCUCUCUUGCCUCCCUUUCACCUUCUUCCUCCCAUUUCCGAGGAAGCACGUUGGUCCUCUUGCCAGGGACGUCGCCCUCUCACCCUCAGCCACUCCUCUGCCGCGUCCUCUGGUUCCCACACAGACGUUUCCCCCCAGCCCGGCUCCUGCAGCCUCCUUCCUCACCUUCCCCUCACCGCCAGACCUGGGAACGGGCCUCAGGUGCCCCAGCUGCCUGCCCUGCUGACCCCCACCCUGCCUCCGCACCCCCCCAGGGCGCCCAUCACCAACUCUCCCUCUGCAUUGCUUGGCUCUACAGUGACCCCUCCAGACCCUCCUGUCCCUCUGCCCAGGAUGGUUCUCCUCCUUCCCAAUGCUGCUUCAUCAUUUAUGUAUGUAUGUAUUUAUUUAUUUAUGUAUUUAUGAUUAAUUUAUUGACACCCUUACCUUGAUCUGCAAGGGAGCCGAGGUAGGUCUGAGCAUCACAUUCCCUCCCGCCCCUGGCCCCUCUACGUGGACAUUUCCGGCAUGGCAUCGUCUCCCCUGUGCCCUUCUGUUUCAUGCCAUGCUCUCCACCCACGGCCUCACGCCCCCCUGGGGGGCCACCCUCCAUGCUCCCUGCAGCCCGGGCCCUCCUCCGAGGUCUGGGCUCAGACUGCACUCGCUCACUGGACCCCCGCCUCACCUGCUCCACCAGAGCCAUAAACUCAUCUCUGACGUCAAGUUUAUCAUCUCUGCUUCCCUUCCUCCAUGAUUAAAAGUCCCAUAUGGGAUCCCCUCAGCCACCCAAUUCUGAGACCCUAAAGUCGUCUUCAGCUCACCCGCACACAUUCCCUUGCUCUUCCUUCCCGCCAGCACGACCCUGGCCCACCUGCCACUUGGGUGAUUUCCUUAGCCGGCUCCUCUCCCAGCUUUCCUCCAGGCAUGCUCACACAUUCUCCAGCCUAUCCUGAUCAUGCGCAGCGAAUUUUAUCUCCAGCCAUUCACACAUUUUUACGAGUGGCCGUCACGCACAGAAUAGGACAUUACAAAAAAAAUGACUUACAAACCACCCAGUAAGGCCUGUUCUCCCUUCACACCCUGAACUGGUCCGUGCAGAAUGGCUGUCAUUCCUGGGAGGGGUGCCCGGUUUCCCUGUCUCUGUGCCUUUGGUCCUGCUGUUCUCAUCUGGCAUAUUCUCUUCUGUUUCCUGCAAGGCCCACGCAGAAACCACACUUUCAUGAAGCCCUCCGUGAUCUACCAACCCUGGGAUCGCUCCCUCUGCUGAAACACCAUAGCACUUUAUUUGUACCUU